GUACAGUGCACCUGGAUUCAACGCAGGGAUUUCAGUGUGAUUCACAGAGAGCCAUUGGAGAGCUACAUUCAUCUUGAUCAAUAAGAGCUUCUGUUUUCUUUCCUUCUUUUCUAUUCCAUACAAAGUAAAAAUGAUCAGGACACAUUUCUUCCUGUUUUCAGCACUGAUCAUGUGUAGCAUACCUGCUGAGGAAAUCUUUCAGCCAACCCUAGUGCUGGACAUGGCUAAAGUUCUUCUGGAUAACUACUGCUAUCCUGAAAACCUAGUGGGAAUGCAAGAAGCCAUUGAACAAGCAAUCAAGAGCGGGGAGAUCCUGGACAUCUCUGAUCCAAAAAUGCUGGCCAGUGUUUUGACAGCUGGAGUGCAGGGUGCUCUGAAUGACCCAAGACUGGUGAUUUCCUAUGAACCAUCACUGCAUGCAGCUCCCAAACCAGAAGCUGAGCCUUCCCCCACUAAUGAACAACUUCUGAGUCUUAUUGAGCAUGUGGUCAUGUAUGACAAGCUGGAGGGCAAUGUUGGCUACCUGAGGAUUGAUUAUAUCAUAGGACAGGAAUUUGUGGAGAAAGUUGGAGCUUUUCUGGUGGACAAGGUGUGGAAGACGCUAAUAGAUACAUCUGCCCUGGUGAUAGAUCUUCGUCACAGCACUGGGGGACAGAUUUCUGGCCUCCCCUUCAUCAUCUCAUACUUGCAUGAAGAUGACAAGAUGCUGCAUGUUGAGACUGUAUACAAUCGGUCCUCCAACAUCACCACAGAGAUAUGGACACUGCCAAAGGUGUUGGGAGAAAGGUACAGCAAAGACAAGGAUGUAAUUGUUUUGAUCAGCCGCCAGACCACAGGAGUGGCUGAAGAUGUGGCUUACAUCCUCAAGCACAUGAACAGGGCUAUCACUGUUGGGGAGAAGACAGCUGGGGGCUCACUGGACAUCCAGAAGCUGCGUAUAGGCCCCUCCAAUUUCUAUAUGACAGUUCCUGUGUCACGAUCUGUGAGCCCCUUGAGUGGAGGUGGGCAGAGCUGGGAGGUGAGUGGGGUGAUGCCAUGUGUGGCUACUGAGGCGGAGCAAGCCUUGCAGAAAUCCCUGGACAUCUUGGCAGUGCGCAGAGCAGUGCCUGGCACCCUAAGUCAACUCACAAACAUAUUAAAGGACUAUUACAGCUUAGUGGAGCGGGUGCCAUCACUGCUGCGGCACCUCGUCACCUCUGACUUCUCUUCUGUGCAGUCAGCAGAGGACCUGGCCACUAAGCUCAACACUGAGAUGCAGACCUUAUCUGAAGACCCCCGCCUGUUGGUCCGAGUCAUGAUGCCAGAUGAAGCUGCUGCCCCCCCUGCUGAGAAGCCAAUUGCUGUGGCAGCUGACUUACCUGACAAUGAGCAACUGCUGCACGCCUUGGUGGAUACUGUCUUCAAGAUGUCGGUGUUGCCAGGCAAUGUUGGCUACAUACGCUUUGAUGAGUUUGCAGAUGCCUCUGUGCUUGCUAAGCUGGGACCUUACAUUGUCCACAAAGUGUGGGAGCCCCUCCAAACUACAGAGAACUUGAUCAUGGACCUACGUUACAACCCUGGGGGCCCUUCCUCCUCUGCUGUGCCUGUGCUUCUCUCCUAUUUCCAAGAUCCUGCUGCUGGGCCUGUCCAUCUCUUCACAACCUAUGACAGACGUACCAACCACACACAGGAGUACAACAGCCAGGCAGAACUGCUGGGCCAGCCCUAUGGGGCUCAGCGUGGAAUCUACCUGCUCACUAGUCACCACACUGCUACGGCUGCUGAGGAGUUUGCUUACCUCAUGCAGUCCCUGGGCCGUGCCACACUGAUUGGUGAGAUCACAGCAGGAAGCCUCUCACACACUCGUACAUUCCCUCUGCUGCAGCCUAAGCAGGGAAUAACCUGUGGCCUAACUGUCACAGUUCCUGUUAUCACCUUCAUUGACAACCAUGGGGAAAGCUGGAUGGGUGGAGGAGUUGUGCCUGAUGCCAUAGUGUUGGCUGAGGAUGCACUGGAGAAGGCUGAAGAGGUGAUAGCUUUCCACAAGAACAUGGGAGUACUUUUGGAGGGUACUGGGAAACUCCUAGAGGCUCACUAUGCCAUCCCAGAAGUGGCUGGUAAGGCCAAUGCUAUGCUCAGCACCAAACAGGCCCAAGGAGGUUACCGAUCAGCUGUAGACUUUGAGACAUUGGCUUCCCAGCUUACCAGUGACUUGCAGGAGGCCUCAGGGGACCAUCGGCUUCAUGUCUUCCACAGCCAUGUGGAACCAACACCAGAAGAACAGCUUCCAAACAUGAUUCCCAGCCCUGAGGAGCUGAGCUACAUCAUUGAGGCGCUCUUCAAAACUGAGGUACUUCCAGGCAACCUGGGCUACCUUCGCUUUGAUAUGAUGGCUGAGGCAGAAACAGUGAAGGCCAUUGGGCCCCAGCUGGUGCAGAUGGUAUGGAACAAGUUGGUGGACACAGAUGCCAUGAUUAUUGACAUGAGGUACAACACAGGUGGCUACUCUACUGCUAUCCCAAUACUUUGUUCCUACUUCUUUGAGCCUGAGCCUCGUCAACACCUCUAUACCGUCUUCGAUCGUAGUACCUCCCGCAGCACAGAGGUGUGGACUUUCCCCCAAGUCACUGGCAAGAGGUAUGGCUCCCUCAAGGACAUCUACAUCUUAACAAGCCAUAUGAGUGGCUCCGCAGCUGAAGCUUUCACUCGCUCUAUGAAGGAUCUCCACCGGGCCACAGUUAUUGGUGAGCCCACUGUCGGUGGUUCUGUCUCAGUGGGCAUUUAUCGUGUUGGUAACAGUUCCCUAUAUGCCUCCAUCCCCAGCCAAGUAGUGCUCAGCCCAGUCACUGGAAAAGUAUGGAGUGUGUCUGGGGUGGAGCCACACAUCACCAUCCAGGCCAGUGAAGCCAUUGCUGUAGCUCAGCACAUUGCCAACCUGCGUGCCCAGGUGCCACAGACACUGCAAACUGUAGGCAAGCUUGUGGCAAAUAAUUAUGCCUUUGUGGACAUUGGGGCUGUUAUAGCAUCCAACCUCACCAAGAACAUCAACAAAGACAGUUAUAAAAGGAUUAAUACAGAAGAGGAGCUGGCCAGGAUGGUGACUGCCAACUUGAAAGCUCUUUCUGAUGAUGAGCACCUGAAAUUACUCUACAUCCCUGAACAUGCCAAGGACAGCAUUCCAGGGAUCAUGCCAAAACAGAUCCCUUCCCCAGAAGUAUUUGAAGAUCUGAUUAAAUUUUCAUUCCACACAAAUGUAUUUGAAAACAACGUCGGCUAUCUGAGAUUCGAUAUGUUUGGAGACUCUGAACUUCUAACCCAGGUGUCCGACCUACUGGUAGAGCAUGUUUGGAGGAAAAUUGCUCACACAGAUGCAUUAAUCAUAGACAUGAGGUACAAUAUUGGAGGCUCCACCACUUCCAUAGCAAUCCUGUGCUCAUACUUCUUUGAUGAAGGACAGAAAAUUCUCUUGGACAAAGUUUAUGACAGACCCAGUGAUUCAGUAAAGGACAUACGGACCCAGCCACAGCUGAAAGGGGAGAGGUAUGGCUCUCAGAAGGGGCUAAUAAUCCUCACCAGUGCUAUGACAGCUGGGGCUGCUGAAGAGUUCGUAUACAUAAUGAAGAGACUGGGCAGAGCUCUCAUCAUUGGGGAACAAACAAGUGGUGGCUGCCAUUCCCCACAGACGUAUCAAGUAGAUGAUACCAACUUCUACAUCAUCAUCCCCACCUCCAGAUCAGUCACCUCUGCAGAGAGCACUUCUUGGGAAGGGAAAGGAGUGCCUCCUCACAUAGAAACACCAGCUGAAAUAGCACUCAUCAAAGCAAAUGAGAUGCUCAGCGCUCACCUGCACAGCUCUAGAUAGCCCAGUUGGGGAAUAUGCCCCUAGAUCUUAGGGAAAGAAUUAUAGUUCCCCAAAUGUAAACCCUAGACAGGAGUGGGAACUUCAUUUCAGUCUCUAUCUAUGAUCAGUUAUUUGUUCCCUGUACAUAGCUCAAAGUGUCUCCCUCUUCAACAUACUGACUUUUUUACCCCCAUUCUAUGGAACCCAGCUCUUUCUGGGCAUGUUUGAGAUAUUUGGAUAACAGGGUUUCUGAAUUCCUCUCCUGUGGUCAAAUGUGAAUGUUAGUUUUUGUAGUGUCUCCUUUUUAAGAUUUUAGCUCCAAAUCACAGAUUUCCUCUGGCCACUUAGAAAAUCCCAGCUGUCAGUAUUGAAGGCAUGUGAACCACCUCAAAGAAUUUAUGCAAAGAUAGAAAAAGCACCUCUGUGUCUUUGGAAAUUGUGUACAUUUCUAGUUAUACAUCUUAAAGAAGAAUUAAAAGUUGUUGAGAGAGUGCUUCCCAAACUACAAGAGCUAAAUUAAGUCUUCUCUAUUUCAUCAUUUAGAUGUUUCAAAAAUAGCCAUCUCAGUCUGUCAGGGUUGCCCAGACUCCUGGUAUUUCUUAGGUGCCUGCUUCCCUCCCUACUAUCUGGCAGAGGAGUGGGGAAUGAGCAGGAGAAAGGCAGUACAUUGACUCUUUCACCCAGUGCUCAGAUCAACAGACCCAGGGAAAAGAAUCAUAUGUUUUUACUGAAGGCUAAAAACAGAAUGUUGUGUGUCCUGCCCCAAAGACGAGAAGAAAGCAGAGAAAUAUCCUUUGCACCCUGCCGACAAGCUAUUUAUAAUAUUAAGUAAUGGUAUAUUCGAGGGCAACUAACAGUUAUUAACAGGAGCUUAAUCAAUGCACAACCCUCCUUGUCUUUCAUACAGUUCUUUUCUAACCACCUGUCUUUGUAAUUAUUUAGAAAUACAUUUAACUCUAAUCUAGAUCUCAGAAUUUCUCAUCUCUACAAAAUGCCAGCUGUAAGGUAAUUAAGUUAGGAAAUUUACGCAGUUAGAGUCUGAGGUAGUUACUCAUUGCUGUUCACUUGCUCAUUUGUAAGUUACUGCCAUUUUUUUAAUGAAUUGUGUUUAAACAUCUGACUGCAGACAAUCUCUUUCAGUAUUUACAGGAAAAUAAUUUUAACAACCAAAUAGACUUUCCAUCUUUUUUACUACUUGUUUGUCAUACCAACUACACUCAGUACAAUUGCUAACCUGGACUCUUUUGAGUCAUUUUUGUGUUCUGAUUUUUAUUCACUAGCUAGUUGUUGAACUUAUCAGUGUUGUGGAAGAUAUUUAAAUUAAUUAAAACUCAUACAGAAUUUUGUGUAAAAUGAUAUGUGUAUGAAAAAUAUUAAAGUUUCUUAAUAUGGAAAACACUGGAGUAGUCAAUGAAUGAGUAAACAACAAUAAUGCAUUUCU